UGCAUACAACUCGUUUUGGAUUUCUUCUACCUUCUCAGUUCUUUUGCAUCUCAUAGUGAUUGCUUCGAUCUGGGAUUCUGCUGCUCGCUAAGGUUGUCUGCCAUCUAUCUUGUCAGAGAUUCCUCUCGUGUACUUUUUGGCUCGCUGAUUGAUUAAGUCUAUUCCCUUCUCUCGGAGGGUCUGGGAGGUGCGUGUCUGUCUAUUCGAGUUGGUUUGCGUCACUCGUGCACAGGCGGAGGUCGAUCGGUAUCGGUUGGCCAGUUUUCUGAGGGAGCUAAGCGUUUUUUAUUUUUAUUUUUAUUUUUUAUCAUAUUAUUAUAAUAGAUUUCUGAGGGGGAGCUCUACUAGUGAAGAUGCCUUGCCUGUGUUCUCCCUCCACUCAUGCUGGCUCUUUCCGGUGCCGCUUGCACCGAUACAAUUCCUGGGGCGGAAAGAACUUUAGGCCCAAAUCGGGCGAGGACUUGGAAAUCUCGACGGAUUCAUUGAUUGAGAAUUGUCUCAACAAAGCGCCGAAGUCGAACUUGAAGCCCGUCCCUUCGCUUCCUGCUCCCUCACGCACUCCAAAUGUUAGAAGUCCACCAAAGGGAGCGAGCAGGCUGCGGAAUGUGGUGAGCAGCUCGGACGAGGAGGAUGAAGUGGUGAAGCCUUCAGUUCCUAGCACUGAACGUAUGCCCGGCAUGAAGAUGGCUUCUGGAACCGGAGGCAGCUAUGCUUCAGCACCUGGUGAGCGCGCUGCCAUGUUCAGGAUGCUGAAGACUGGUCAACCAAUUUCCAAGAUCUACUCAUAAUACUAUCAAUACUUUGGUAGUGUUGCCGACACAUGUAUGAUAUCUUGGUCUCUCUCCUGUAAUUAAUUAGAAGUCAUAUGUCUGUCCCGACUGUACUAAUCGUCGGCAUAUGAAACGGGUUACUUUUUGUACUGCUUUUUAUGAGUCAUUUUUACACCGGUUUGCAUACCGGAUAUAUUGCCGCCUGUCUGCUACCGAACCGAGGAGCUCGGCUCCUCCUCCAUCGACUGCCAGAGAAAUUUCCGAGAACCGAUUUUAGGACUCUUAUCUUAGUAGAGUUGAACAGUCGUUGUCGUCCGGAAGUGGACGAGUUUUGUAUACAGGGUGAGCAUCAUUUGUGCUCUUUAGCAUGAUGACUUUUUUAGUCGUGUAAUCGUC